AUGGCUUCUGUACCUGAACCGGAAAUUGACCAGCCUACGGCAGAUCUCAUUGUUCAACUGCAACUUCAAGAUGCCGACCUUUACUUUGAAUCCGCUAAAGGGAAGUCUCGCGAGCCUACAGACGAAGAGUUGGCAUUCCAGUUACAGACUGAGGAAUUUAAAAAUGCUUCCCAAUUCUUUGUGGAUAGACGAAUGGCUAUGAGCUUCGCAACCGCUGUUCAAGUUGAUGGGCCAAUUCUGGUUGAUAACUUUGUGGCCGAAGAGAAUGCGAUGAGAGAUCGGGAGCUUGCUCGUUACUGCGAGGAAAACGGAUCCCCUGUGGCUGCUGCAAAGGACCGCCAGUCAAACUCGGAACCAAUAGCACUAGAUGACGAGACCUUGUACAAACUCCAGAUCUUAUAUGUGACUGGCCCCGGAGGCCACUGCCCCAUCAGUGGCGUAGAAACAACCAGUUCAGAGAGUGAUGAAGCCGAAUCGUCUACCUGGGCAGCCCGACGAACCCACCAGGGACCACCAUCAAUGCGUCGCUGCGUCGCUUGCAGAGAAGAAACCGAAUUUGUCAGGGUGGCACGUGUACCCUGUGGCCAUGAGUAUUGUCGUUCCUGCCUGGAGGAUCUCUUCAAAGCCUCAAUGAAGGACGAAUCCCUGUUCCCUCCGCGCUGCUGCCGACAGCCUAUUGUUAUCAAUAUCGCUCGCAUAUUUCUCACAAACGACCUCGUGCAAAGGUACGAGAAAAAGAAGAUUGAGUUUGAAACUCCAAACAGAACAUACUGCUACUCUCCUAGGUGCAACGCCUUCAUCGACGCAUCUCACAUUGAGGGUGAAGUAGCCACAUGUCCCGAAUGCGGAUCCACAACUUGUACGAGCUGCAAGGGGCGAGCACAUACAGGAGAUUGUCCGAACGAUACCGCAAUGCAACAGCUCCUAAGUACCGCGCAGGAUAAUGGAUGGCAGCGCUGCUAUUCCUGCUGGCGAGUGGUAGAACUGGAUCAUGGCUGCAAUCAUAUGACCUGUCGUUGCGGUGCGCAAUUUUGUUAUAACUGUGGAGAGCGCUGGAAAGACUGUGCGUGUGAACAAUGGAAUGAACACCGUCUUCUUGCGCGUGCAUAUCAAAUAAUUGACCGAGAACAAAACAUUCCCCUUGACGCUGCUCCUCAAGACCCUGAUGACCGCCAACCGGAAAUCAAUGAAUCCCAGUUAGACAUCAAUGGAGCUGAACCGGAAACACAUGAGCUGCAGCCAGAUCAAGGGCCUCAAGCAACAGUAACCCCAGAGCAAGGAAGGCACGCAACCUUUGGUCAGACAGCAAGAGAAAUCUUGGUUGCAAGAACAAUGCAGGAGCUCCGAGAAAAUCAUGAAUGCAGCCAUGUCAGAUGGAAUUAUGUACGUGGCGCUCAUGUAUGCGAGGAAUGCUCCGAUCGUUUGAGCAAGUAUAUCUUUGAAUGCCGUCAAUGCAGGCUCCAGGCCUGCAACUGGUGUAGAAGAAACAGGCUCUAA